AUGUCCUUGUGCAAGACUGCUGCCUUGAUCCUAGGAUCAGCUGCUUUAGUAGCCGGCCACGGCUAUGUAACUGGUGCAGUUGUUGACGGCACCUACUACACGGGAUAUCUCAUCAAUGAAUUUCCAUACGAGACUAGCCCACCAGAGGUCAUUGCCUGGUCUGAAGAUGAGACUGACCUGGGUUACAUCGAUGGAACUGGAUACUCAAGUGCCAACAUCAUUUGCCACAAGGAUGCUAAGGCAGCAGCUCUGGAAGCUCCCGUCAAGGCCGGUGGCAGUGUCGAGCUGCAGUGGUCCACUUGGCCCUCCAGUCACCAUGGUCCUGUCAUUACAUACCUAGCCAACUGCAAUGGUAAUUGUUCCAGCGUGGACAAAACCACCCUGGAGUUCUUUAAGAUCGAUGAGGGCGGCCUCAUCAACGAUGACACUGUUCCUGGCGAAUGGGCCUCCGACAAGCUGAUCGCCAACAACAACAGUUACACUGUUACCAUCCCAAGUAGUAUCGAGUCGGGAAGCUAUGUUCUGCGUCAUGAGAUUAUCGCUCUCCACUCCGCAGAGAACAAGGACGGUGCCCAGAAUUACCCUCAGUGUAUCGACCUCGAGGUGACGGGUGGUGGUGACGAUAAGCCUACUGGUACCCUGGGUACCGAGCUGUACAAGGACACUGACCCUGGUAUCCUGGUCAACAUUUACUCCUCCCUGAGCACAUACAGUAUACCCGGCCCCGCUCUAUAUACUGGUGCUGUUUCCGCUUCGGGUUCUACUACCUCCCCGGCCUCAGUCGUUGCAUCACCCACUACUGUGCCCUCGAUUGUUGCUCUGAGAUCUAGUACUUCACUGGAUUCCAUUACAUAUAUUUCCACUUCCACCGUCAUAACGUCCACCCCCAGUGCCACCUCGAAUUCUGGUGGCGCUACAAACGUUGUUAAAUCCAGCUCCACCACAGCUAGCCCUACUGCAUCUGGCUCUAGCCAGGUGGCUUCCAGUGACUAUGUUGCUAGUGAUUGGAGCACAUAUCUGAGUUCUCUAAGCGCCGACGACAUCCUUAGCCUUCUGCACCAAACAUUCAAAUGGAUAGUCACCGAGAAGAAGCACGCCCGGGAUAUCAUGAGCUAA